AUGGAGAUUAAUUCAAUCCAGGAUAGUUUACAAUCGAAACUGGAUCAGCUGGAGUGUCACUUUACUUGGGACAUUAAAAAAGAGGAUCUAGUCUUGACGGAUAUCUUCAAUAGGCUUGAGGAACAGGUCAAGAUGGAUCUAGGGAGGGAGCAAGGAGUUGCACGAACUCACUGCUCUUUAGGAUAUGUGAAAUUCCUUCUUGGACGCAAAGAAGAGGCCCUUACUCACCUGUUGAAAUCUGAGACACUCAUUAAAGAAAACCUCGGCAUCAACUGUGACAAGACUCUCAUUGUCACCUAUGGAAAUUUAGCCUGGAUAAACCACCACAUGAAGAACUACUCAGAGAGUGAAAGUUACCUGAUGAAGCUUCAGAAGAUAAAUGAAACAUUUUCAGCUGAGCCUUCCUCUGUUCCAGAGGUGCUUGGGGAGAAGGGAUGGGCCUAUCUUAAAUUCUCUCGCAAAUAUUAUGACAAAGCCGCAGAAGUUUUUCAGAAGGCUGUGGAACUGGAUCCAGAAAAUAGCGAGUGGAACGCUGGUUAUGCAAAAGCUCUGUUUCGCACUGAAACUGGUACAUUUUGCACUGUGGAUUCACCUGCAAUCAAGCAGCUGAAACAGGCCAUUGACAUCGACCCGGAUGAUGAUGCCUCUAGAGUUCUUCUGGGAGUUAAAUUUUUGUUAUGUUCCAAAGAGUUGAUGAAUGAGUCUGAGAAACUGAUAGAGACAGCUCUGAAAGGCUCUCCAGAAAAUCCACAUGUCGUAAGAUAUGUUGGGAAAUUCUUCAGGAAUCAAGGAUCAGUAGACAGGUCAGUUGCACUGCUGAAGAAAGCACUUGAAACAUCACCAAACUCAGGUUUCAUACAUCAUCAGUUGGCAAUGUGCUACAAGACCAAGAAAAUUAAUUUACAGAAAGAAAAACGAGAAGUAAAUAAGUCAGAGGUAAAUAAUGCACGAAAUCAGUGCAUUUACCAUUUAGAAAAGGCAAUUUCUAUAAAAGCUUUCUUUAUCAUUGCCAUGAGUGAGCUUGCACUUCAAUAUGGAGAGAAACGUGAUCUGCCCAAGGCAGAGAAACUGUUUGACAGAACAUUUAAAACAGCUAGAGAGAAAAAUGAUAGUGUGCAUGUAGUACAUUAUUUCUAUGCUGAGUUCCAGCAGUAUUGUAACAGAUGUGAGGACUUAGCAAUCAGCCACUACAAGCAGUGUUUGGAAAUGAGUCCACAUGCUAGUAGUGAGGGGAAUAGAAGCGCAAAGAAACUGAAGAACCUUGCCCAGAGAUAUAUCAAGGAUGACCCAGGUGAUUGGAAGGCCAAUGAAAUACUGGGAUUCAUUUAUCAAAUGAAAGGGGAAAUGUUUGGGGACACCAAGAGCUACGCAGCCACUUCAGGCAAUGAAGAGGAUGAUGAGUCCCUCAGUAAUCUUUGUGAGAUUAAUUGUAAAAUAUAAACUUUCUACAAGGAUGCAUAAUUAAUUGUUAAUAGAAAAACAAUGGGCCUUAUUUGUAUUUAUGUGCGAAGAAAAUAUGCACAUAAAUUGUGUUUGUUCUACUGUUAAUGAAUCUAGGUGGUUCCAAAUGAGGGAGCGAGUCUCUGCGGCUGAUUUGCACAAUCAUGCCCAAACUAUGUGAGCAUAAGGCUUUUCCAUAUAGUCCCACAUCUCUCAUUUUCUUGCUAGUUUUUUUUUCUCUUUCUCACACACACACUCCCGUCUGAGUGCAUAUGUGGGAGGAUCUUUGAGUAUGGCAUUCUCAAAACCAGUUGAAGACAAAAACUUUUUUAUAUAGUUUUAUAUAGUAGGCUAUUGGGCCUAAAUUUUGUCAUACAUUCAAAAUGCAUUUUUGCACACUUGAUAAUUCAUGAAUUCUGUGUGAAGAUGCUCGGAAACAGAUUUAAACUAGCAUGGAUAGUGAACAAGGCUUAAUGUGAAACAAGAGUUAUUGUUAUAAAUUAAAUGUUACUUUUUACCUUACAGAUCCUUUUGAUUGAUUCAGUCUUAAUUAUAGUAUAUUGUGCUGUAAGGCAAAAAAGCACCUGUUGUAAUAUAGUCUUUCAGAAUAGUAUAUGUAUUCAGAUCUAUUUUUUAAAAAUAAAGUAGCCUCUUCUUUGAACAGGAAUGAAAUUAAGGUGAUCCGGGGUCUAGAGAAGAAUUCUUUUAAUAAAAACAACUAUAAAAAACUAAAACUAAUG